CGACUUCAACUGGAUCUGUGUUUUGGGACACUACAGUGACGCAUUGGGCUGUAUGUAUUGUAUCUAGGUUGACGGUUCACGCAGAGUGUCCGAUGCAUCUGGAGGACUUCCCCAUGGACUUCCACUCAUGUCCCCUGAAGUUUGGCAGCUAUGCCUAUACAAUGUCAGAGGUGACUUACGUCUGGACUAGUAAGGCUGCCGACUCUGUGGUGGUGGAAGGAGAGAGCUCCCGUUUGAACCAGUACGACCUGCUCGGCCAAACAGUGGGCCAAGAAACCAUCAAGUCCAGCACAGGCGAAUACACUGUCAUGACGGCACAUUUCCAUUUGAAGCGGAAGAUUGGUUACUUUGUGAUCCAGACCUAUCUACCAUGCAUUAUGACCGUCAUCCUCUCCCAAGUGUCCUUCUGGCUGAACAGAGAGUCCGUGCCAGCUAGGACUGUGUUUGGUGUAACCACUGUCCUGACAAUGACCACCCUGAGUAUAAGUGCUCGUAACUCCCUCCCCAAGGUGGCCUACGCCACGGCCAUGGACUGGUUCAUCGCUGUCUGCUACGCCUUUGUCUUCUCUGCCCUCAUCGAGUUUGCCACCGUCAACUACUUCACAAAGCGCAGCUGGGCCUGGGAUGGGAAGAGCAUUGUGAAUGACAAGAAAAAAGAGAAGGCCUCCACCAUGAAGAAGAACAACGCCUAUGCCGUGGCGGUGGCCAACUAUGCGCCCAACAUCACCAAGGACUCUGGGUUGUCCACCAUCGCCAAGGGCGGCGCCGUUGAACCCAACAUGGCGGUUGGCAAGGGUGGCAAAACGGACCCAAAGAAGACUUUCAACAGUGUGAGCAAAAUUGAUAGGAUUUCCAGGAUUAUGUUCCCAGUCCUGUUUAGCAGCUUCAAUUUAGUCUACUGGGCCACGUACCUAAACAGAGAACCGUAUAUAAAGGAUAUGGUGCCCUCAACCUAGAGGUCUCUCCCUCCUGCAUAAUACAUCUGAAUUACGGAACUAAAAUACUUACCAAAUAUGACCAGUAUCUGCUAACUCUUGGUUUGUUGGUACAAGACAGACAAGCCCUGGAUUGCUUUCUCUCCCCCUCUGUCCUGUUUUUUCUACACCACAUUCUGCAGUGCUUUUGGAAACAACUGCUUUUGUAAAUAUAGAUGUAUUUAUAGUCCUGACUUGUGUGUUUGGUUAUGUAAAUCAUUGAACAAUACAUUUAUUUUAUCUUAUGGUUUUAUUGACCAGUGAUGUUUACAUGUUUGAAAAAUCUACGAAAGGAACCUUGAGAUGUUUAUUUGCAGAAUCGAGAGAUUUAAGUCAAAACAUUCUUUUUUUUAAUAGUUUAAAAAAUAUAUUUCUUAUGUUAACUUUUUUUUGUGGGCUAACAAUUUAAUUUUUCUCAUUAACCAGGGAUUUCUCAUUUAUGGUAUGAAGUUCUUUUUCUAUACAA